CUCCGGGCCUCCGCGUCGCGAUUGGCGGGAUGCCCCCUCCCCAGCCAAUCCCUGCAGGCCGGAGGCUCCCGCGGCAGGAGCUGGCUCCGCCCCCCGCGGCGGUCUCGGGUCCCGGGGCCGCGUCCGGCCGCGCUGCGGGGGGCCCGGGGAUGGCGCUGGCGCUGCGCUUCGGGCUGCCGCUGCCGGGGCCGAUCCCGCCUGCACUCCAGGCGCGUAUUGAGCACGGUGGUGUCCGAGCCUGGCCCAGGGCUGCCCUGGUUCAGCCGUGUCGGCUGUGUGGACGAUCAAGUCAUCUAUGUCUACGCCAGCGGGAUGCAGAGAGUGGAGCCUCGCACAGCGUGGAUGGCGCAAAACGAGGGCCCAGAGUUGUGGGACCUUCGGCUCUUUUGGUCACGGCGCUGGGAGGCCUGGGUCAGCGCGAGUCUGAACACCCUGCGUGAGCUCUACAGCCAGACCCAGGGUUGUGAUCACCUGCAUCUGAACUGUUUAAUGGAUAAAUUAUCCUGUGCUAAUUGCCAUGAUCUUUGGAAGAAGGAAAGUUAAGCUAAUUCUUUUCUCAGACAGGAAAUGUAUAAAAACCUUGGGACAUGAUCCUUCUUCAUCUCAGAUCUGCUUUGGGUUUCAAGAGGGGGAAACCCUGAACCAUAAGGAUUGAGAUCCCCAGUCAUUGACUGGAGUCACCCUGAAUAUGGACAUCGGACUGUAACCUGUGGACUAUUUCUAAAAGGACUUUUGGCGACUACAAGCUCAUCUCUGCUGUGUGUCUGAACCUCAAGAAUUGAACUCAAGUCUGUCUGUAUAUUGAUCUUUUAACCAAUUCUCUCUCUUUUCUUUUUUAAUAAAUUUUAGUUAGUUAAUAAGAAUUGACUGUAAGCGUGUAUUGGGGGAAAGAUCUGAGUUCUCAUUUGACCUGGGUCUGGGGCUUGGUCCUUUGGGGUCAGGAGAACCUUUUCUUUUGUGUGAUGAAAUAAGAUUUUCAGAAUUGAUCAUCAUAUGCUUGACAUGUGUGUCUGGAUGGAGGCCUGAGGCUGGGCACCUUAAGGGAACUGCAUUAUUUGGAUGUCUGAGUAACAAGGGAGGUGCUAUAGCAGCUGUUUUGGGCUGGCUGGGUAAAUCUAACUAUUGGAAUAUCCACCAGUGUUUGGGGUUUGUCUGCCCUGGUCUGUUUGCAGUUCACCCUUAUUGAGUGACCUCAGCUGGCUCUCACGGGCAGCACCAUCACAGCUGGGUGUGGGUGUUAAUCUUUUCCUGUCUGGUGUGUGCUGGGCUCACAAAGACUUUUUGCUC